AUGCCGACAUGUCCCAGCGACCAAGACAGACUUCCUGGUGCGUUUGAGCUUGUCGAACGCCUGCCAGAUUGCGAGGCAGAGGUGCUGGCCGGAAAACGGGGUUGGGUCGGUCGACUCGGUCUCGACCUCUUCCUUCUCCGCCAACUGUAUCUUACCGCCAUCCCAGAGCUUUGCCGCUACCCCUGCACCCAUGAACCCUCCGUUGCCCAUGGACCCGUCCAAGUAGACAAGGAGGGAGCCUGGCCGGAGACGACGAGCAAAGGUCUGGGUCAGCAUCAGACGGUGUACGCGGGAGAGCUGCAGGGGAUCCUCCUUGCGCUCCAGGCAGUCCAAUACACCGCUGACGCGCCUUCGCACGUCCUCAUUUCCGUUGACAACACGUGCGCCCUCACCCACUCGACAGACCCAUCGCCGACAUCCGGACAACACCUCCGCCUCGCCAUCCGCCAGAUGUUCGAAGACCUCCAACGCACCUUAGUGAGCACCCAGAUCCUCCUCAGCUGGUCGCCAGGCCACGUCGGUGUUGCAGGGAACGAAGUUGCCGACAUGAUGGCGAAGGAGGCUGUGCGGAGGUGGGAGUCAGCGGCGCGCGAACGGGAGCAGCGGAAGGAGCGCAAGACGCACCUGAAGGGUCGUCUGGUCUUCACACCGGACAUGGCGGAGCUGUCGAGUGGGUCAAGUGAGGAGGAGAGCGAGUGGGAGGAGGACGAGCGAGGAGGCCGGUCGACCCGCCAUCUCGCCAAGUCGGCCCGCCUCACACAGCUCAGCGACGACGGCCCGCCAGGCUCUCGCUCCGUCUCUCAGCUGCCCGCUAGUAUCUCGGCGCUAUGGACUGCUCACAAGCAGGCGACGCGCGCGCGGUGGGAUGAGGAAUGGCGCCGCUCCACCGUCGGCCGCCAACUCUUCGCUGCGUCACCACUCGCCUCUCGCUCCGCCAAGUACUAUGACGGGCUCAGCCGCCGCCAAGCAACCCUCCUCUGCCGUCUCCGCACCGGCGCCUCCUCUCUCAACGGCUACCGCGCCAAAUUCGACUCAUCGCGCGACCCGCUCUGCGAAUGCGGCGAGGAGGAAGACCGAGAACAUCUCCUGCUCGCCUGCCCGCUCUACGACGAGGCUCGCAAGUCGCUCCUCAAGCACAUUCGCCUGCGAAAGACCCCAACCGCCGGCCAACUGCUUGGCAACCCUUCCUACCGCAACGCUCUACUCGACUUUCUCGACCGCACCGGACGAUUCCCGCAACUUUUGAGGUCGCCUGAGGCGGAGAAGAAGGAUAUGGAGUAA